AUGCUGCGGCCAGUGUCUCCGUCCUUUGUGCUGAUUUUUCUGCUGCUGCCGGGGUGGCGUUUGUGCGAGGGAGAACACUACAGCGGUUUUGGAUGGAAGUUCCCAACAACCCAAAACCCAACAAAGGGAAACACCGACCCUUGGCGGGAGUUUCACUUCGACCUCGACCCAACACCGAGCAACAACAACGACUUGCCGUCACAGGGCGGCAACUUGACAACGACCAAGAACAACAACAACAACAACCUUCAGUCGGGGUUACCAACUAACGACGAAUCAACAACGGCUAAGAACGACUACAAAACGAGCGAAGGGGAUCUGCAAUGGAAGUUCCGUGCAAAGCGCGACUUUGAUGCCAUCAUGGAAAACAUGGCCCAGGUCGACAUGUCGCUUUUUGAGCAGAAUAUCGACAAGAUGAGAGUGCUUCUGAACAACGUAACUAACACGACCGCAGUCGCCGAUACCAUGUUGGCCCCAUAUUGGCCUUUCGGUGCCAAGAUGUACAAAACUCUGGUUGACGUCGUCCCGCAGACGUACGACGAGGCCAAAGCUGCGUGUGAGGCGGAGGGCGCGGUGCUCCCCACACCGAAGGACCAGACGGAGCUGAGCCGGCUCACCAGGAACCUGUUUCCGUGGCUGCUGCAGGAUAGUGCGUGGUUGGGUCUGCGGAGGAACGCGACGGCAGGCGAGCAUCACUGGGUGUGGGGCGACGGCGAGCCGCUAGGGGGAUGGCAGCGAUGGGGCGUCGGUGUCGACUGCUACCGGGACUUCCUACAACCACAGGUAGAAUGGUUGCCGUCGAUUUCCCUGAGACAGCGAAACGAGUUUCCCCGACCCGCGGUGCAGCCGCCCAUGUGCCCGACGGAACGUCUGAACUGCGCGCAUAUGGGUGCUGGAGGCACCUGGACCAAGGCAACGUGUGACAACAAGGCUAAAGGGAUCUGCGAAAGACCAGUCCCUGGGUGUGAAUCUGUGCGUCCACGCGAAGUGUUCCGUGUGGUAACAAAUUCCAGGAUGUCAGUGUACUCAAAAUGGGAGGAGGUGGCAUCCAGCAACUGGGCUCAGUGGAACGUAAAGGAGGUGAUUGUUGAGCUGUUCAAGAAUCACAGCAGCGUGGUGAAGCUGGUGUUCGACGGCAAAGGCACCGACCACCUGAACUGGUUCUCCUCGGAAACCCUGCUAGUCGCCCCGUGGACAGAUCUCAAUCACCCGACCUUCUUCAGUAUCAAGGGGGGCGAGAAGGACGCCAGGCGGUUCUUUAUCCACCAAGAUUACCUGGGGUGUUCGUUCGACAGAGGCUGGCUGGCGGUGUUGGAAUCCCAGAAUCCUCCCUGCGCCUGGGAACGACCUCAUGGCUACACGGACCACAACCUACCCAUCAUCCUCUACUCCAAGUCGCCUGGGAAGGUCAACUGGGCUCGAGAUCCACAAGACGUUGGCGUAGCCGACACCAUGACUGUGUCCAUCGUGGAGUGUCUGAAGAUGUGA